AUGGUAGCGUGUUUUUCGUAUUUUAGUAUUGGAAAUAAAGGAUACUCGGAAAUUUUUGAAGAGUCAGAAAAUAAAGAUGAGUCGAGAGUAUAUUGUGUGAAGGAUCAUAAGAAGAAAAAUUUAAAAUAUACUUAUACGCAUAUUAUGAAAAUAUUUUAUGAAAAAUUUACCUUAAGUAAUUACAAAAUAGCUUUAGUAGAGCAUGCUAGUGGGGUACCACAUUAUUAUAUGACAUAUGGCAUGUUUUUAAGAAAAGUUUUAUCGUUUAGUAAUUCUUUGAAUAAAUAUGAAGGAAGUAAUAUUCCAGAAAAAACAUAUAACGAAGAAAUGAAUAAUGGUAAAUUUAAAUUAUUAGGUUUAUAUGGUAGUAAUUCUAUAAAUUGGCUAAUUACUGAUUUGGGUGCUAUGCUUAGUGGAGUUACUACUUUAGUAAUGCAUUCUAAAUUUAGUAUAGAUGUAAUUGUUGAUAUAUUGAAUGAAUCCAAAUUAGAAUGGUUAUGUUUAGAUUUAGAUUUGGCUGAAGGUUUAAUGAAGCGUAGAAAUCAAUUACCACACUUGAAAACUUUUAUAAUUUUAGAUACAUUAGUUAAACCUAAAGAAAUAAAUACACAAGGGGGAAAGGAAAAUAAUAUAAAAACAAAUAAGAGUUCAGUUAAGAGAUCUAAAAAAAAAAAUAAUAAUAAUAUAGAGGAUAACUCGGAAGAUAUUACUAUAGAUGAAUUUGAAUGUGAUAAUGAAAAAUUAGAAAUACUUCAAGGUUUAAAAGAAAAAGGGAGUUUGAUUGGAAUAAAUAUUAUAUCUUUUGAUGAUAUGACAAAGCAUGAAACAGCAGAUUUUAAUAUUAAAAACGAUAGUCCUGAUUUUAUUACUUCUAUUGUAUAUACAUCUGGAACAUCUGGAAAGCCCAAAGGUGUUAUGUUAAGCAAUAAAAAUUUUUAUUAUGGAGUAGUAACUACGGCUGAUCAUGAUGUAUUAGUAAAGUUUAGUUUACAAAAACAUUUAUCUUAUUUACCAAUAUCUCAUGUAUAUGCGAGAAUGUUUGUUUAUCUUAUCUUCAUGUCUACUGGAAGAGUAAAUAUAUGGAGUAAGGAUCUUAAUUUUUUUUCGAAGGAUAUAUUUAAUUCAAAAGAUGCGGUGCUAGGAGGAGUACCGAAAGUUUUUUGUCGAAUAUAUACAAAUAUUAUGACACAAUUAGAUAAUUUACCCCUAUGUAAGAAAUGUAUUGUAAAAGGUGUUUUAUGUUUUCGUAGAACAUUUAAGAAUGGAUGUUUUAGUAAAGGUCUAGAAAAGGUAAUGAAAGUUUCCAGUAAAAUUAGACAGAAAGUGAACCCCAAUUUAGAAGUUAUAUUAAAUGGUGGUGGAAAAUUAUCAGCAAAAAUUGCUGAUGAAUUAUGUAUUUUGUUAGAUAUUAAAUAUUACCAAGGUUAUGGUUUAACUGAAUUUACAGGUCCUAUUUUUGCACAACGUGUAAUAGAUAAUAAUUCUGAAGGAAUGGGAGGACCUACUUGUCCAUCCAUAAGAUAUAAAGUAAGGACAUGGGAAACAUAUAAAGCUUCCGAUUCCUUACCAAAAGGAGAAUUGUUAAUUAAGAGUAAUGCUAUGUUUAAUGGAUACUUUUUAGAAAAAGAAUUUACAAAAAAAUGUUUUACCCAUGAUGGUUAUUUUAUAACAGGAGAUGUGGUUCAAAUUAAUAAAGAUGGUUCUUUAACAUUUUUAGAUAGAUCAAAGGGUUUGGUUAAAUUAUCUCAAGGAGAAUAUAUAGAAACGGAUUUAUUGAAUAAUCUAUAUUCACAAAUUUCUUUUAUAAAUAAUUGCGUUGUUUAUGGUGACGAUUCCAUGGAUGGACCAUUAGGAAUUAUAUCUGUGGACAAAUCUUUACUUUUUACAAGUUUAAAGAAUGAUAAUAUGUUAGAACAAUGUGGUGUUACUGAGAAGAAUUAUAUGGAUAAAUUAACUGAUGAUAACAUAAAUCAAAACAUUUUUAUUGAUUAUGUAAAAGCAAAAAUGAUGGAAACUUAUAAAAAAACUAAUUUAAAUAGAUACAAUGUUAUUAAUCAUAUAUAUUUAACCUCCCAAAUGUGGGAUACAACUAAUUAUCUUACACCUACAUUGAAGGUUAAACGAUUUGACGUCUUUAAGAAUUACGCUUUUUUCAUAAAUGAAAUUAAGCAAAUAUAUGAAAAUAAAUUAAAAGGAAAUAUUGGAAACGAUAAAAAAAAAAAAAAAUAA